UAUUAUGCCACACUCGUUCAACUGCAACUGAGCUCUCCAACCAAGAGAUCUCCGGGGCAGCUCCCACAACAGCCAAGUAUGGGCAUCAAUAGUUUCUUGCCCCGGCAUAUGUCUAACAUGAUAUGAGCUGGGAUUAUCGAGAAAGAAACGACUUGCUGUCAAGUGGUACUUGAGGCUUGCCGGACUCCUUUGUAACCCUCUAAUACCACAUUGAUCCGGGUGGGACCCUCCGGCCGUGUUCCACGGCGUGUAUUAAUUCAAGCCCACAACGAAGCAUCAGGUAUGGCUCGCUACCGUGGGCGAUCCCUGUGUCUGGCGCUUACCUUGACAUUGGCAACCUGGUUAGGACUUAUUUUACGGCAGCGACAGGAUAGCAUGGCCGUGUCAGUCUCCAGUGUACCGUCUGCCGAAAUCGAUGAAACAUGCAGGAUGUCAGUGCCAGGCGGCCACCAUACGAGUUCGAAGUCCUGGAAGGAGGAUACUAAACCCCACUUCUGCGCGUGAACCUGGUGAGACAAUAGAACUUUUGAGACACACAAUAAUGUCGUUCUCGGUUGAUCCCCAGAUCGUGACCAUCCAGGGUCCAACGCGAGCUCAAUUCAGCAAGUGGGUUGACGACC